AUGCUUUGCACUUUGCCGCAACACUUUAUCAUCUUUUCCCUCCCAAAACUCAAAAGCAAAAGCAAUCCUUAUCCCUCCCUCUUACUUUUUCACACUUUUGGUUUUCCGUUUCCAGAAAUUAUUCUGGUUACUUUUUCACACUCUCUAGAGUCUAUCGGGAAAGUUCAGAAUUGUAAAAAUGAACCAUUCUUCUCCUCCUUGUAUACCAACAAUCUCAAUAUCGGACCAGCAACACCUCCUUGAGAAACUUCAAGUCUUUAAGAUCCAAGGCCGGGACAAACAUGGUCGAAAGGUUCUUCGCAUCGUCGGAAAGUUCUUUCCAGCUCGAAGCGUGAGCAACGAGGCUGUGAACAAGUACUUGGAGGAGAAAAUAUUCCCAAAGUUAGGUGACAAAGCCUUCUUCACGGUGGUGUACGUUCACACAGAUGUGAAUCGCGGCGAUAACUUUCCCGGAAUUUCAACCCUGAGAUCCAUCUACGAGGCAAUUCCGACCGCCAUCAAGGAUCGCCUCCAAGCCGUUUACUUUCUUCACCCAGGAUUGCAGGCCAAGCUCUUCCUUGCCACCUUUGGUCGUCUCCUUUUCACCGGAGGGUUGUACAAGAAGCUAAAGUAUGUGACAAGGCUGGAGUUUCUGUGGGUUCAGGUGCGGAGGAAUGAGGUGGAAGUUCCGGAUUUCGUGUACGAUUACGAUGAGCAGCUGGAGUACCGUCCGAUGAUGGACUAUGGAUUAGAGAGUGAUCACCCCAGAGUCUACGGGCCUUCCUCUUUGGCGUCUUCUACGACAUCGUCCAUGCUGGAUUCGUCUGCUGUGUCUAUGUACUCCAUGCGUUGUAUUGCCUAGCUAGGUUGCACCUAUAUUGGAGGAUACCAGUUUGCGUUAGGUUGUUCACAGUAACUUCAAAUUGUACAAAAAAUUCAAGUUUGAAAAGAACCGGUUUGUUUUCUGUUU